AUUUUUUAAUUUUUCCAAAAAAAUGACACGAAUGCUCCCAAGGUGCCACGUGUCAAAACAAAGACACGCUGUCCUUGUAUGGAACUGCCACCUCUUUUCAUCGUACGCAGAAGCUGUAAUAUACUUCUAAUUUAUGGAGUUGUUUGAGAAUCCAGCUGCAAUAAUUCACAGCGAAUUCGAACCCAAAUCAAAUUAAUCUAUCAUGAGUCAAGAACAACCGAAAAGGCCGCAGGAUCAGGGCGGCGAACUGCAGGAACCCAUCAAAUACGGCGACGUUUUCCAGGUUUCCGGCGAGCUGGCGGCGAAGCCGAUUGCGCCGGAAGAUGCCGCCAUGAUGCAGGCCGGCGAAACCCAGGUGUUCGGCCAGACCCAGAAGGGCGGACCCGCCGCCACCAUGCAGGCCGCCGCCACUUUAAAUGAGAGGGCCGGUCUCGUUGGCCACCGUGAUGUAAGCGACGUGGUCGCCGGAAAGGAAGGUGUCGCCGUCGCUGAAACUGCUCUUCCGGGGGCUCGUAUUAUCACCGAAUCAGUCGGGGGGCAGGUUCUGGGGCAGUACAUACAGCCGACGCCGGUGAUGAACACGGCGGCGGCGGGAGGAGUGGUGAUGCAGAGCGCAAUAACCAUCGGAGAAGCACUGGAAGCCACAGCCCGAACCGCCGGUAAUAAGCCCGUCGACCACAGCGACGCCGCCGCAAUACAGGCGGCGGAGUGCAGAGCGACUGGUUCCAGCCUCAUAGUUCCCGGCGGGCUUGCUGCGACGGCUCAGUCAGCCGCCGCCUUCAACGAUGGUUUGGUCGGAGACGAAGGCAAAGUCAAGCUCGCCGACGUCUUAACAGGGGCUAUUGCGAAGUUGCCGGCGGACAAGGCUGCAACGAGGGAUGAUGCUGAAGGGGUUAUAGCGGCGGAGCUGAGAAACGAUCCAAAUCUGCACACACAUCCCGGCGGGGUGGCGGCGUCGGUGGCGGCUGCCGUCAGGUUGAACGAGGGUGGGUCGCCGCCGGGUGCUUGAUGAGGGUUGACGAAGGGGUAUUUCUGUAAAUAUAGUACGAAGCGAAUGUGAAAUAAGUAAUAUAAUAGUGCUGGUAGUAAUGGUAUUAUUACGAUAGUAUCCCUGUAUAUUUGCUUUAGCAGUACAACUCUUUUUAAAUUUUAAUAAAUGUCCGAAUAUAUUUUAGUUCAAAGGAUGAGUCAUUAAUCA